AUGGCGGUGGUGAGCGCCGCGCACGGCGCCUUUGGGCCCCUGCUCGGGAAGCUCACGGCCUUGCUCGCCGACGAGUGCGGCCGGCUGAAAGGGGUCCGCCGCGAGAUCCGCUCCCUCAGAUCCGAGCUCGCCAGCAUGCACGCCGCGCUCAAGGAGUACACCAAGCUGGACGACCCCAACCACCAGGUCAAGGCCUGGAUCUCGCUGGUCAGGGAGCUGGCCUACGACACCGAGGACGUCUUCGACAAGUUCAUCCACCACCUCGGCGACAGCCAAGACCAUGGCGGAUUCAAGGACUUGUUCCGCAAGACCGUUCGCCGUCUCAAGACACUUGGAGCCAGGCACGGAAUCGCCGGCGAGAUCCACGACCUCAAGGACCGCAUCAGGCAGGUGAAAGAGCUCAAGGAUUGUUACAAGCUGCUGAAUGAUGCUCCUUCGAGCACCGCCGGCCCUCCAGCCGUGGAUCCGCGGCUGCACGCACUUUUUGCCGAUGAGGCACACCUUGUGGGCGUCGACGGUCCAAGAGACCAUCUUGCCAAGUGGAUGUUGGAAGAAGCAAACACAUCGCCCAAACAUUGCAAGGUCUUGUCUAUUGUUGGGUUUGGUGGUUUGGGCAAAACAACGCUGGCAAAUGAGGUUUGCCGCAAGAUUCAAGGGAAGUUUGAUUGCAAGGCUUUCGUGUCGGUCUCGCAAAAACCAGAUAUAAAGAAGAUUAUCAAGGAUGUGAUCUCUCAAGUGUCAUGCCAAGGUGGAUCCACAAAAGAUACCAGUGAUUGGGAUGAAAUGAAGUAUAUUUCAGAGCUAAGAGUACUACUACAAAAUAAAAGGUAUCUCAUCAUCAUCGAUGAUGUAUGGUCUACGCAAGCAUGGCAAGCUAUCAAGUGUGCUUUUCCAGAGAAUAAUUGUUCUAGCAGAAUUAUAGCUACUACACGCAUCAUUGAAGUAGCAAAGUCAUGUUGUCCAGACGAUGAUGACCGUGUGUAUCAAUUGGAAGCCCUAAGUGAUCUCCACUCCAGAAGAUUGUUUUUCAAAAGAUUAUUUGGCUCUGAGGAACAUUGCCCUGACAUGUUGAAGGAAGUUUCUAAUAAAAUCCUAAAGAAAUGUGGAGGCCUACCAUUGGCAAUUAUCAGCAUAUCUGGUUUGCUAGCAAACCGACCAGCCAUCAAGGAAGAAUGGGAGAAGGUUAAGAGGUCAAUUGGUACUGCACUGGAGAAAACUAACAGUCUAGAGGGCAUGAGUAGCAUACUAUCUCUUAGCUACAAUGAUCUUGCACCUCGUCUCAAGACUUGCUUGCUGUACCUAAGUUUGUUUCCCGAAGACCAUGUGAUUGACAGAGAUAGGCUAGUGAGGCGAUGGAUCGCAGAAGGCUUCAUCUCUGAAUAUCGUGGACAGAGCAAGCAAGAGGUUGCGGAGACUUACUUCUAUGAGCUGAUCAAUAAAAGCAUGGUCCAACCGGUGGGCAUUUGGUAUGAUGGAAAGGUCCAUGCCUGUCGAGUCCAUGAUAUGAUGCUCGAAAUUAUUAUUUCAAAAUCAGCUGAAGAUAAUUUUACCACUGUGGUAGGUGGCGGUCAAACUAGUUUGGCCAAUCAUCAAGGUUCAAUUCGGCGGCUAUCAAUCCAGCACAUUGACAAGAAACUUGCAUCUGAACUGGCAAAUGUAGAUCUAAGCCAUGUUCGAACUUUGAUAGUAAUGCCAUCAUGUUGCGUCACACACUUGCCCAGCCUUGAUCGGUUUGAAGCUUUACGUGUUCUGGAUUUUGAAGGUUGUGGGGAUUUAAAGGACUAUGAUAUGAAAGGAAUGGAAAAAUUAUUCCAGCUAAAGUACCUCAGCUUUAGGGGCACAGGUAUAUCAAAGCUGCCAUCAGGGAUCGUCAUGCUAGGUAAUCUAGAGACACUAGAUCUUAGGAAUACACAUGUGCGUGAGUUGCCUGCUGGAAUUACUCGGCUCACUACACUACAACACCUAAUUGGAUAUCUGAACAAGCUACCAAACGGGAUUGGGGGCAUGAGGAAUUUACAGGAGAUGCCAAUAUUUGUUAUUAUCUCGCAAGAAACAGAUGUGUUGGAGGAUCUCCGGAACCUGACAAGUUUGGAGGAACUCUAUGUGGAUCUUGGUGAUGAAGUCUCUUGCGAGGACAAGAGAUGUGAACAAGAGGCGUUCCUCUCCUCACUGUGCAAGCUUGGCACCUGCAAACUCUGUGAUUUGGAAAUACGAGCAUACCGUGGUUCCCUCGACUUCUUAGAUUCCUGGUCGCCUCUGCCAUCUUCUCUUCAAAGGUUUUCGGCGACCAGCCCCGAUUCGUUGACAAAUGUUCCAAAGUGGAUUACACCAGCACUCACCAACCUUGCCAACCUGAGCAUCAGCUUAACUGAACUGACGGAAGAUGGGCUGCUUGCUCUUAGGAAGCUCCCAUCCUUACUUCGCCUGACACUACGGCCAUCAAAGAAGUUUUUUGGCACAGUCCAAGCCACUUCUUUCCCAAACCUGAAGGUGCUUUACUUUGGAAAACCUGAACAAUUAUAUGUUUCGUUCGUGAAAGAGUCUGCACCCAAGCUUGAGGAACUUAUCAACAUGCCAUUCAGUGUGUCGGCUGCAAAAGCUGAUAAAUUCUAUUUAGGCAUACAUCAUCUCCCAUGUCUCAAAUUAGCUCACAUAGUGCUUGAUAAGAAAGAGGCGACACGGUCAGAAUGCAAGGCUGCUGCUGCUGCGAUCAGGAAAGAAGCAGGUCCAAUUCCAACCACCCUGCAGUUUAUUUUGAGGGGGAACCAGCGGAAGAGACUGGUGGUAUCGCUGAUGAGGAUUAAAGUGCUCACAGCCUGCAAGAGAUCCAGGAUAUGUUGUGCGGCUGGAUUGCUUGGUUGCAGUGUCACAGCGAAGAAGAUAUGUUGUGCGGCUAGUUAA